CCCGCCGCCGGACUUCAUGGGAGCCGAGCCGGAGCCGCAGGGAGGUGGACCCUGACAGCUGCCGGUGGAGCGCAGGGCGGGGACCGAGUGUGUGCCCCGCCCCACCCGCCCUCCCUCUGCGGUGGCCGUCCGGGGGCGACACGUCCUAAGAGCAGAGCGCCAGACGGAAGCACGGCCGGGACUGACACGUGGCCUUGGGCGGCGCUGCCCCGUGUGGGUUGGAGAGGCGGGCGCCCGACCUGGACGCGCUGCGCCCGCGGACGGCUGCCCCCGAUGCAGCCGCUGCCACCGGAGGAGGCCCGCAGGGACGGGGCUGAGGACGCCCAGUGGUCCAGGCCCGAGUGCCAGGCAUGGACGGGGACGCUGCUGCUGGGCACGGGCCUGCUGUACUGCGCCCGGGUCAGCGUGCCCGUGUGCGCCGUCUCCAUGAGCCAGGACUUCGGCUGGAACAAGAAGGAAGCCGGCGUCGUGCUCAGCAGCUUCUUCUGGGGCUACUGCCUGACUCAGGUGGUGGGCGGCCACCUGGGGGACAGGAUCGGGGGUGAGAAGGUCAUCCUGCUGUCCGCCUCCGCCUGGGGCUUCAUCACUGCCGCCACUCCGCUGCUCGCCCGCCUCAGCAGUGCUCACCUGGUCCUCAUGACCUUCUCGCGCAUCCUCACGGGCUUGCUCCAAGGGGUCUACUUCCCGGCGCUGACCAGCCUGCUGUCACAGAAGGUACGAGAGAGCGAACGGGCCUUCACAUACAGUGCCGUGGGGGCCGGCUCCCAAUUUGGGACUCUGGUGACGGGGGCCGUGGGCUCCCUGCUCCUGGACCGGUACGGCUGGCCUAGCGUCUUCUAUCUCUCCGGCGGGCUCACCCUGCUGUGGGUGUGUUAUGUGCACAGAUCUCAUCCUGGCCUUGGGCGUUCUGGUGCGAGGCCUGCGGGUGUCCAGGCGCACCAAAGUUCCCUGGAGACAGCUUUUCCGGAAGCCCUCUGUCUGGGCAGCCAUCUCUGCUCAGCUGUCGUCCGCGUGCGCUCUCUUCAUCCUCCUCUCCUGGCUGCCGACCUUCUUCAAGGAGACGUUCCCCAGCUCCAAGGGCUGGGUCUUCAACGUGGUGCCCUGGCUGGUGGCCAUCCCCGCCGGUCUGUUCAGCGGGUUCCUCUCCGACCAUCUCAUCAAUCAGGGUUACAGAACCAUCACUGUUCGGAAGUUCAUGCAGGUAGGGAGGUGGAAUGCUCCCGGGACCUGCGGGUUGUGACCCCCCCGUCUCCUGACCCAGAAAGCAUUCGGAGGUGCCCUGGGUCAGUGCUGGGGGCUGGUUUGGCCGACCUGAGGUCCUUCUCCCAGCUGUGCCCCCCCAGACCCCCGCACACGUCUCUGGGCCUGGGUCGCCCUCAUUCCCCUCUGGUCGGACAAGUAGGGGUCUCAUACCUGCUGGGCAGGCCUGGGAGGGGCUUUCCCAGUGACCUUGCUCAGUGCGCCCCAGGUGGCCCCGGGAGGAGCCCUGUCGGCAGGCACCAAUCCUCUCUCCCGCAGGUGAUGGGCCUUGGCCUGUCCAGCGUUUUUGCCCUGUGUUUGGGGCACACCUCGAGCUUCUGCAAAUCUGUGGUGUUUGCAUCAGCUUCCAUCGGCCUGCAGACCUUCAACCACAGUGGCAUUUCCGUCAACAUCCAGGACCUGGCUCCAUCCUGUGCCGGCUUUCUGUUCGGUGUGGCCAACACAGCUGGGGCCUUGGCAGGUGUCGUAGGCGUGUGCUUGGGAGGCUACCUCAUCGAGACCACGGGCUCCUGGACGUCCAUGUUCAGCCUGGUGGCUGCCAUCAGCAGCCUGGGGCUGUGCAUCUUUCUGCUGUUUGGAGAGGCCCAGCGCGUGGACCUGAGCCCUACCCACGAGGACCUCUAGCCGCCUCGGCCUGACGGUUCCCCGAGGACCCAGUGCUGCCCGCCUCGGGGCGUCGGGCUGUGUUGAAGAGCCUCCCACUCCUGAUCCCGGGUGUGUGAGCAGAGGGGGACGGGCCCCAGCAGAGCCCGGGCGGCCCUGGUGGGCCUCAGUCUCUCCACCUGCCAGUGAGGUGAUCGCGCCCUUCCCCGGGGUUCGUGGGCUGGCAGGGGUGAGUGGGAUUGGUAUUUUGAGUAGCAGCUGCACUGUCACAGUCUGUCCCACGUAGGUCUGCGUGCCCACGUGGUCACUGGGUGGGAGGGCUGCCUGUCUGUCAUCACAGGGGCAGGGGCACCACCCAGCUGGACUCUUCCCUCAGACCUGCUCUGCUUUGCUUCUUGGCCCUGGGGCCAGAUCAUUCUUCCUGGGGGGUGCCGUCCUGUGCACUGCAGGCUGUUUAGCAGUUGGCCCCCGCCUACUAGGUGGCCCCCUCCACCAGUGAUGACAACCAGCACUGUCUUCUGGCCUCACCACAUGUCCUCAGGAGACUGUGCCUUGGGCCAGAACCGCGGCUCUGAUGGAGGCUGUUGGGGGUUGUGGGCUAGACGCCCUCGCCCAUCUUUGGGGCCCCCCCGGCACCCCCUGUGGGUCCCUUUCUGCCAGGGAUGCUUCUGGGGACCAGGGAGCCCUCCCACCUUGUCCUUCUCUCUCUCAUAACGAGAAACUGGUCAUCUCGUGAGUUUGUAAUAGAUUCUGCAAGCUGUCUGUGUGGAAGAACCAAGAAUGUGGAGAGAUCACACCAGACUUAUUUAAAUGAUUAAACUGGAAAGGGAAGGCUGAAGUUUUAUUAACCUUCCUUUAUUUAUUUA